AUGAACGUCUUUGGGGUUGGUCCUGCCCGAGAGCUUGUAGAGCCUCUUGUCGACGUGGCGACGGUGGGCCACGUGCAUAGCGACCAGCAGGGCGGGGGUGGAGACCAGGAUGAGCUGCAGGGCCCACAGGCGGAUCCGGGCUGCUGCGUGUUGCAGGUGAAGCCCGACUUCUCGUCGCCCCAAACGCUCUCGGCCGCCACCACCAGCACCAGGAUGCGGAAGAUGAAGAGCACGGAGAGCCAGAUGCGGCCGAUGCCGGUCGAGUGGCGGCUGGAUGCUGCCUCCUGCCUCCUGCUUCAACCCAGCCGGCAGGAUGACACCUGGAGUUCAUCCACAGUUACUGCAGUGCUAGUCUAA